AUGAAAUCCAUUAUUAUUGCUAUUCUUGCCUGCAUUCUGAUUUAUGUAUCAGCCAUUGAUGACAAAUGUUUAAGUUGUAUUUGUAAAAUUGAAUCCAAUUGUCAACCACUUGGAUGUAAAUGGGAUGUUAAUUCAAAUUCAUGUGGCUAUUAUCAAUUGAAAAAAGCAUAUUGGCUCGAUUGUGGUAGCCCCGGUGGUGGUUGGGAGACAUGUUCAGCGAAUAAAGCCUGUGCCGACGGUUGUGUUCGAAAAUAUAUGACACGUUAUGCUAAGAAAUGUGUUGGUAGUCGAACACCUACUUGUCAAGAUUUUGCAAGAAUUCAUAAUGGUGGACCAACAGGAUGUACAAAAGCGGCUACUGUUGGCUAUUGGAACAAGGUCAAUGCAUGUUAUAAAUCUGGUUGA